AUGCACAUUCUCCUCCUCCUCACUACAUCAGACCGCAAAGGCUCCUUAAUUCUUAAAUCUGCUUUGUCACGAAACUACACUGUAACAGUCCUCACCCCUCGGCCCUCUUACCUCCCAUACCAUGCCAAUGCUACCCUUAUUGCCGGCUCGCCUACAUCCCAGUACGAUCUUGAAGCAGCACUGCAGACUCCAACCUCUCCAGAAGCCGUCAUCCUCGCUUUCGACCGAGCGGGUGUCUUAGAAAUGUCCACACGAGCACUCUUAAGCGCCGUGGAAUCUGUUCAUCGUCUCCACGAUACAUCAAAGGCUUUACACUCGCAUACGUCUUUGCCGUUUCGCCUUGUGUUCAGCCCUUGCGAUGCUACACCAAUAAGAGCUGAGGCGUAUCAUAAAGUCGAUGCAAUUGUGCGAGAAAGUGGUUUGCCCUUCGUUCUCGCUCCACGUAUUCGUCUGGCUCGAGAACCUAUUGAAACCCUUCGUGUCUCUCCUUGUGACGGACGUGGCGCUACUUGGUUAGCUGCUAUCAACAAAGGUAGUACUGCCCAUUUACUAGCCGGUAGGGUGCAAGAGAACAUGCUGCGUGGAAAGACGUGGUUUGAUGGAACAGAUUAA